GUCACAUGACCAAGAGAGAGAGAGACAGAGAGAGGUCAGCUGAUGAGAUCACGACCAUCCGAGCUCGAAAACACACCGUUUCUCCUCAGCCUGACGUGUCGGCGUUGAUCCAGAAAGAAAAGAAAACUCUGCAAGCGUCGACUGAAGGACGAGAAGAUGUCUGGGAAGGAAAGGAUCGACGUGUUCCCCUCCAGGAUGGCUCAGACCAUCAUGAAGGCUCGGCUGAAAGGGGCUCAGACCGGCCGCAACCUGCUCAAGAAGAAAUCCGACGCCCUCUCCAUGCGCUUCCGUCAGAUCCUUCGCAAAAUCAUCGAAACUAAGACUAAAAUGGGAGAGGUGAUGAGAGAGGCCGCCUUCUCUUUGGCUGAAGCCAAAUUUACAGCCGGAGACUUCAGCACAACUGUAAUCCAGAAUGUCAACAAAGCCCAGGUGAAAGUCCGAGCCAAGAAGGACAAUGUGGCAGGUGUCACCCUUCCUGUUUUUGAGCACUACCAAGAAGGCGGUGACAGUUAUGAGCUGACCGGUCUGGCCAGAGGAGGAGAGCAGCUCUCCAGGUUGAAGAGGAACUACGCCAGGGCUGUGGAGCUGCUGGUGGAGCUGGCCUCCUUACAGACAUCUUUUGUCACUCUGGAUGAAGCCAUAAAGAUCACCAACCGCCGUGUGAACGCCAUCGAGCAUGUGAUUAUCCCCCGGAUCGAUCGCACCCUCACCUACAUCGUCACAGAACUGGAUGAGAGAGAACGAGAGGAGUUUUACAGGCUGAAGAAGAUCCAAGAGAAGAAGAAGCAGCUCAGGGAAAGGACAGAACUGGAGAUAGCGGCCCGCCUGGCUGCGCUGGGUCCCAUCGCGGAGCCGGCGAACAUGCUGACGGAGGAGAGAGAUGAAGACCUGCUGUUCGAGUGAAGCUUUAUUUUAAAAAAAAGGCACCGAAUUCACCCAGCAUCCUAUUUAUUCUGCGCCUCUCAGGCCACGUCUACGUCUUCUCAUGCAAGUGAUGGAAGUUGUUUUUUUUUUCCUGUUUGUUCGUGUACACGUCUGUGAUGAUUUGUUCUGUUGUUCCAGCGCCAGAAGGUUCUGUGUGUUUGCAGAUCAGAGCCAAAGUGUCGUCACACUUGGCUGUCAUUUCACUAUGAUAAAAUAAUCGAAAUAAUAAUAAGAAUAUAAAUAUGUUUACAAGUGUUUUUUUUUUUGUGAGUGAAAGUAAAAAUCAUUCCCUGCGACGCAUCGACUUGUAGACAUUUCACUUCCCAACAUUUAGAGCCAUUGCAUGCUGUGAAGCUUCAGGUGGUUGUAGAUGUCAAAGAGUGUGUGUGAGUGUGUGUCGUGGAGGCCCGUCCCGUUGCUGACCUCGUUACCUCAUUUGAGGAUGUUUACCAUUGUACCCUGAUUGAACCCCGCUGUAAACCUCGGUGUGCAAGUCAACGAAGCCUCACACUAAAUAAAGUUGUUGUCGAUAUCCAAA